GGAACCAAUGUUCUCUAGGACUGUGGGAGUCGGUGUCGUUUCCUGCUCGGACACUAACACGGAGCAUCCUUCGUUAAUCCUCUCCGGGCUCCGGUCGUCUCCGUGUGUGUAGCAUGAAAACCAUGUUAGCCAUUAUCUCUAACGCUCUGUGCAGGAUGACCGGCAGGAAUGCGGGAGCCCAAACAGUGUCUGAGCUACUGACUGACCUGUCAGAGUUUGUUGAUCUAACGUCGCCGGCGGCACCUGCCUCUGCACAGACCCAGCGGCUUCCACCUAAACCGCCUCCAACAGCAGUCAGUACUAGAGCAGCGGCUGCGCUGUUAGUUAGUGGCUGCGCUGACAGACCAGGAGCCAGAGUCGUCGUCUCCCGCUCCUUCGCUGACUUCACCCCCCAGGCGACCUUUGACAUCAAGAAAUGCGACCUGCAUCGCCUGGAGGAGGGGCCCCCGGUGAAGGCGGAGCUGACCAGGGAGCAGGGCCUGCAGUAUUACCGCACCAUGCAGACGGUGAGGCGCAUGGAGCUCAAAGCUGACCAGCUCUACAAGCAGAAGAUCAUCCGAGGCUUCUGUCACCUAUACGACGGACAGGAAGCGUGUGCUGCAGGCAUCGAGGCCGCCAUCAACCCCUCGGACCACCUGAUCACUGCGUACCGCGCCCACGGGUACACCUACACCCGCGGUGUCUCUGUUAAAGAGAUCCUGGCCGAGCUCACAGGUCGUAGAGGGGGCGUGGCUAAAGGGAAAGGGGGCUCAAUGCACAUGUACGCUCCACAUUUCUAUGGCGGCAAUGGCAUCGUGGGCGCACAAGUACCUUUGGGAGCAGGCAUCGCUCUCGCCUGCCAGUACCAAGGCAACAACCAGGUGUGCGUUACGCUCUAUGGAGACGGAGCAGCCAAUCAGGGCCAGCUCUUUGAGUCUUACAACAUGGCCGCUCUAUGGAAGCUGCCGUGCAUCUUCAUCUGCGAGAACAACAAGUACGGCAUGGGGACAUCGGUGGAGAGAGCUGCAGCCAGCACAGACUACUACAAGAGGGGAGACUUCAUACCUGGACUCAGAGUGGAUGGGAUGGAUGUCCUGUGCGUCAGAGAGGCCACACAGUUUGCUGCAGAUCACUGCAGAGCUGGAAAGGGUCCCAUCAUAAUGGAGCUGCAGACCUACCGUUACCAUGGACACAGCAUGAGUGACCCAGGUGUCAGCUACCGUACCCGCGAGGAGAUUCAGGAGGUCCGUAGUAAGAGCGACCCCAUCUCCAUGCUGAAGGAGCGCAUGCUCAGCCACAACAUGGCGUCUGUAGAGGAGUUCAAGGAAAUCGACAUAGAGAUCCGUAAGCAGGUGGAGGAGGCGACUCAGUUCGCCACCUCGGACCCGGAGCCGCCGCUGGAAGAGUUAUGCAACCACAUCUUCUCCAAGAACCCGCCGCUGGAGGUGCGCGGGACAAGCCCCUGGUCCAAGCUCAAGUCUGUCAGCUAGACUCGGACCACACACUCCAACCAUUAUCCCUCACACAUUCAGCACCUUCCCUCUCGACUUUAGGUCUCAGCACCUUCACAGGACUCUGAGGUUUUUUACCUGAAACCUGCCAGUGUUAUUUAUUUAUAGUUUACUGUAUAACUGAGAUGUUAUUCGUGGUGGAGACAGAGGUGUUGGAUAGGAUUAACAUGCUGCACUGUAAACGCACAAAUCCCAACAUCUGACAUGGAAACGUGUCUGUUAGAAACCCUCUCCAUGUUUAUCCUGCUUUUUAAACUCUUAGGAGACUUUUAAAUGUUGCAAACUUGUGUAGGUAUUCCCUCAGUAGUGUGACUUUAAAACCGGCGAAAUACAAAUGUGAUGGAUUUUUCUGGUAGUAAAUGUGUUUUAAAUGAGGAGUCGCAGCCUGAGCUUCAGAGCAGUCCCUCAUCUGAAGCAGCUUCAGUGUCCAGGAUAAGGACACAAUAUUAAUGUAUGUAAUGAUAAAAUGGCUCUAAAAAUGUUUAUAACCUGAAGAUGAAAACAAGACUUUAGAUGGUCUCUAAAUGCUUUAGAGGCUCUCCCUAUCUGGACACUGAGGUCUGCAGGAUCUUUUAGGAAUGGUUGUUGUUGGUUGUGUUUUUGUUUUGUUUUUUUUUUUUUGUCUCCAUAGAUCUGGUUUUUCCAACCAAACGGUGAAAUGACCUUUUUCUGCCCCUUUUCAAAGAUGAGUAAAUAAAAUAUAAUCGAGCUGCUCGACUCGACUGCUGACGAGACAAACAUCCGGACUUGUUUGGGGAAACUGAAGCUGGCAACUGGAUGCACUACAUUUGAGACUUUCUGGGCACUUUAUGAGUUUAAAGGAGUCUGUUAUAAAAUCUUUCCUGUGUUCUUUAAAGUUUACUGUAUCUGAGCCUGUACAGAUAUAAAGCUUUCUUAUUUACCUGUCUGAAUGGUGGAAACUGAAGGUUGUGAAAUAAAACAACUUUAAAGAAAAGUGGAAACGUGA